GAGAGAGAGAAGGGACGGCGGGAGCGGAGGAGCACAGGCGGCGGCGACGGCGCGCGCUCGAGCGCGGCGGCCAUGGCACGGAGCGGACCUCCAGCGUGGCGGAGACGGCGGCCAUGGCCGGCUCGGGACGGCGCGUCCCUCAUCCCUCCCCCCUCCCUAGACGGUGCGGCCCUCCUCCCUCCCCCUUCCUUUGCCGGCGCGAGCGGCGGAGACGGUGGCCACUGCUGGCCACUUCCCCCCGGCUCCCGGCGACCUCGGCGCGAGCAGGGUGCGAGCGUGGCAGCUCCGUCCGCCCUGGAGCGGGCUAGGGGCGCAUGCACGGCAGCCGCAGCCAACCCUGCGUGGGCGUGGGGCUUCGGGUGAGCCAGCCUCGGCGCGGCGUGACCAGGCGGCGCUACAGGCUGCCAAAGGCGUAAGCGGCGGGUCGACCGGAUGCCUGAGGCAGACUAGCAGCGCGGCCCUGCGAGUUCUCUAGAAGAGGUUACGAUAGCACAAUAUGGGGGUGAAUUUCCACCUGGAUACAGAUACAAUAGCAGACAGAAGCUUCAAGAGGUACCUGCGAUGCUAAACAACCACAUUUAGCCUUGUGUUAGUGGAUCUGAACUGAACAACUUGCCUCACAGGCUGGGCAAUGUCUGUUCUAAGUUGCCUCACAGGCUGGACAAUGUCUGUUCUGUUAGAAGCAUGUAUCUUCGAGUUAAAAAAAAAGCAACUGAAGCUUGAGUGCAUCAGGAUCAGCCCAUUCAUGUCUUGUAAUUUUCCCUGUUGCUAUGCUUUUAUAAAAUGCAAACAAGUUUUAGUGCUUAGCUUUUUAGCCUUUCUAACCAAGCUUCUUCAGGUAGAUAGGGUCUGAUUAGCAAAACCAGCAACACAAACACAGUACAGUACAACCAUUUCCAAAGCUACAAUUUUUGAGAAAAGUUGGUGUUCGAAAACAAAGUUUGGCUCACCUUUUCAAGAGACUGCAUAUAUGCCGGCUACCAUUUUCCAACAAAAAAUACAUGGAAUUAACUUUCAUCGUUAAUCCAAAAGAUAUUCUAGCUAAAUGCAAAUUCAGAAGCAUCAAUCUCAUAUGGCCAUUUGAAUUGGCUUUAGUGAACAGACUGUGCAAUUGGAAAUAGUCACCAAUUAUAACUAUCUUUCAUUGUUAUAUGUUGCUCAAUUUGUCAUCUUACCUUUUAUUCACAUACAAAUGCACUCAAUGACAUUUGGUUUGUAGUUGCUAUUGUAGUUGUUGUCCCCUACCUAUGGAAAUAUCAUCAGCAAGCAUUUUGAUGUCUGCUUUUAGCUGCAUGGAGAUCUUACAAGUGCACUCUGUAUUGCAUCCUAUUAAUUCAAUGAAGCUAGAAUACCAUGCUUCCUUAAUUUUUGUUCAAAAAGUGAUUUAGUGAACCUUAGGAUAUUUAAUUAGGAGCUUCCUAUGUAUAGUAUCUCACUUUGAGAUUUUUAUUUGUAAAAAUACAUAAUUAUCGAUCAUGAAUCAACAUCAAUAAUAACUUUCAUAAGUUAGCCUAACUUUUACAAGAACAGAUAGGUACUUGAGAUAAACACUAUAUUAGAUUCAGUAGAAAUACAUCGUUAAAAGAUCUCUUCCUUGUAAGAUUGAUUGAUUGGCUUCUGCUUUCCUUGCAUGCAGGCGAAGACCGUGCCACUUGCAAUUGACCAGCCACAGUAGCUGGUCCUCUCCUCUGGUGCUCGUCGCUUGCUCAACUGCUGCUUCAUAGCACUUGGUACAAAACCGAACCUGAUUGGAGGGAAGACCGUCAGUAAUUUUGGUGCAGCAGAAGCCAUCAGGAAUUGAAGCUGCCUCCAGUGUUUUGCCAAGAACCCAAAUGCUGCUAUAACCUUUGAACUAUCACGAUGAUACAGGACGGAGCCAGAUUCUCAUCUCCGGAACCCAGUUCGUUUAGAAUAUGACAUCCUUUAUUUCUCACACUGUCAACUAGAUGGCGUCAUUACCUGCAAGAUAUCAACUUCUGGCUGAAUAGAUAUCUCAACUGCCCUGCAUAUCAUUUCUUUGAUGAAAGACAUGGCAAGUAUCGCGUGCAGUGGAAUGUUGGGGUCCGUCCCGCAGCAUGCUUCACUCGAGCUUUAUCCAGCAUCAUUCGGGAUAUAAUCAUCAGGAAAUUUGGUCCCUUCGACCAUGUAAUAGAGGUGGACAUGAAGCAGGCGGCAGUUAUGGGAGUUCGUCGGUUCGACAUUUUUGAUGUGCUGCAUAUCAAGGUGGCAGAGCAGCUCGGGCUGCUCGAACAUAAAUACGACAUGGUAGACGCUGAGCUGCGGUACUAUACCUACGACAUGGAGAAGAAGCAGGAUGACACAGUCUCACCCCUGGAGCUAAAAUAUUCCAUAGCUCCUCAAAUAGCGCAACAUCUAUGGAACAAGAAGUACCUGCUGGUGGUUCAGAACCUGGACAGGCCAAUAAAGCCCAUCGAGAUUUAUGAUAUGACAGAGGGCAUAUGGCUUCCUGCCCCUUUGUGGAAGAAUUCUUCGUGGAUCAUAUCCACCACCUCCCAAGAUGUCUAUGACAGGAGCAAGCCAAAAUAUGACUGUGUCAUCAAAUCCUUUGCUGGGGAUGAUAUAUUGAUUCUCACACUGCAUUCCCUGAAACAAGCGGCCAAGUACAUCUCUGUUGCGGUUGGCCAUGGAGAGGACAAGUAUUGGCAUCAAGUGGCCCUCCAGUGCUUUCACUACGCCAUGCUGCACAUUCCCCACUAUUCAACUGUAGUUGACACGCCAGAGUGUGAUGCCCAGGCCAAUGCUAGCUCAUCAGAUGAGUUGAUCCGCCACUGGGCUGCCCAAUGCCUCCUUACUGUCAUGAAGCCAAGUGUCCAAGAAACAAUGGGGGAGGACACUGACAGCUACCACUGUAAGUACUAUGGUGAUGAUGUAUAUCAACUUGGAAAUGUCAUCCUCGAGGCUUUUUGGGAGUAUUCGUUGCUGCAGCUGCCUUUUUCUCCUGCAACGAAAGGUGAUGAAGCCACAAUAUCUGCUGCACACUUCCUAGCAUAUCAUAGCCUUGUUGUAGAGCCCCUCACAUCCGAUGAACUCUGCGAGGGAAAUCACUCUCAGCUGUUGGAGCACAUGCAGUGGAUCUCGUAUGUGGGUGACCAAGGAUUAUGGCAUGUAAGCAGAGAAUGGUUGAGCCAGGAAGCUGGUGGCCCAACCAUGCUUAGUAUAAGGUAUUGCUCACAACAGUCAAGGUUGUUCAUGAAGCUUGAAUCUGAUCAUCAUUUCUUGGCCACGCUCCAUUGUCUCCGUGCUCUUGAUCUUUCCUACACUCCACUAGAAUCACUACCUCCUUCAAUCUGCUACCUCCAAAAACUCCAAUUUCUUUCCCUUAGGGGCUGCUAUAACCUCAGGAGUCCAUUCAGCUUCCCAGAUACUGAAAUUACUCUCUGUGAAAACAACAGAAACAAAAAGCUCACCUUGCUAUACCUCGAUCUCUCCUAUUCGAAUAUAAGCACAUUCCAGUGCGACUUCUUCCAUAGCAUGCCUUAUCUAAAAGAGCUCCUACUUGUUAGGUGCUCCAACCUUGAGGAGUUGCCACCCUCCAUUGCUGUGUUGUCUAGUCUAACAACACUUGAAAUCAUAGGUACUCAAAUAAAAUCUUUCCCUAUAGAGAUAUUUGAAGAAAUGGGGAAGUUCCAAUCACUCAAGCUGAUUGACAACAAGCUGCUAGGGCUAACAGAGAUAAAAUUGGAUGGUCAUAGUACCCUUAAUUCAUUCUCAUUGAUUGGUGCACCUCUUACAAAACGAUUGUCUUUGCUCGGAUGUAGAAAGCUAGAAUCCGUGGACAUUAAGGAGGUUGAUGCUUUGGAGGAGCUUGAUCUAUCUGCUACGGCUAUCAAGGAUCUCCCAGACAACAUCCCUAAUCUGCCCCAGCUUAGGUGAUUGCUUCUCAUCGGCGUUCCUUCCCUAAGAAGAUUUCCUUGGCAUAAGCUGCGUAGAUUCCCAGAUGUGUUUUGCUUGGAUCCAUGCUCAGAUCGAGCUGUUAAUCAUCAUUGCAGUCCACAAGUUGCUCAGGUGUGCAUAAGUGAUUCCAGAUUGUUUUAUAGAUUCAAUGAGAGCACCGAGAAUUCAGUCAAGUUUUUUGGACUUUUGAAAUCUUUCUAUGUUCAAGUUGCAUCAUGCAAGGUCACAACUCGGAAGAUACAUGAUGAAGAAGAAAUGGUGAAAACCAACAAGCUUCAUGCGUCAUUGGAAGCCUAUGCUGAUGUACACCGUGGCUAUCUGACAGACGGAUUCUCGAUUGUGUCAAUGGAUGACGUACCUCCCUUUCAGGAGAGUGAACGUCAUGUGGAGAUCUCAGCAGUGGAUCGGUAUCCCCAUGGUCUAAAGUAUCUUCUGGAAGCCACUAAAUCAAUUAGCAUGUCAGACGAUUCUCACGUCUCGUGCCUAACUGAGUUAUUUGGAUGUGCUGGAGGAAUGCAAGCUCCAGCGGUGCCAUCGGAUGGUGCUUGUCUUUAAUCAUUCGUUUUAUAACCUGGGGCUGACUCUGAAGAAUGCACAUGUCUCUCAUCUCAAAAGUGUGACGCAUUUCUACAAACGACCGAAUUUUGAUGGUAAUUUCCAUACACUGAAGCACCUCCGGCUGGAGCAUUGCCCGAGGUUGGAAGGCGUCAUGCCACGUGGAUCUGCGCUGCCAAGUCUUGUGACGCUCGACAUCCUCUUCUGCUACAAUCUCAAGGCAAUUUUCUACCGCAAUUAUCUGCCUUCUUCUAGUUUCGAGCUCCCAUGUCUUCGGAGGCUACACCUCCAGGAGCUGCCCCUGCUGGAGCAUCUUCGCGACAAAGACGCCGUCCUGGCCGCACCUGCAUGGGAGGAGCUCCACGUCCGUGGGUGCUGGAGCUUGCGCCGCCUCCCGCGCCUCGACCAACGACCAGGCAAGAAGGCCGUGACGGUGAGCGGGGAGCGUGCCUGGUUGACCAAGCUCCGCUGGGACGACCAGCAGGACGGCUCGCACCGCGGCAGCUACGAGCCCAGGCUCCCCCCGGCGUCCGCCUCCAUCCGCGAGCGUGUCAUCAUCAAGACCUAUCUCAGGUGAAGGAAUUGAGCCAUGCCCAAGCCGCAAGCUCAUCGAGUUACACAAGACCACAGCAUCCUCCGUCCCACUCACCCACGCCACCGCCGCCAAUUGCAAGCGCCCGUCCAGAGUUUCACCACGCCCGCCCGUUCGCGUCGAUCUCCAGUUUCCGAAUAAGAGGUUCAUUUGGUUUGUCUGCUGGCUGCUUCGUCGUCCUCGUCCCACCCACAGCAGGCCGGCGCAUUCAGCGGUGGCAGCAGCUCAACCAGAUUGCAGUGUUUGAUGCUUCAAUAACGUGUGUUUUGUAGUGUUGUGUGCUUGCUUCUAUCAGUUCGUGCAGUGACUUUGAUUUGUUUGAUUGCCGGUGUGAAACUUUGUGUCUUGUUUUAUUUGUCGUUCCCACUCAUGAUCAGCAUGGCCACCUCGAUCGGCUUGUUAAAUUAUAUUACUAUACUGUAAUCUACGUCGUCGUAGUGUGCGUUCGCUGCGUGCGUACGUGUUGUCGUUGAACUUGCUGUUAUUGUCUGAUUAUAUGGAUUGA